AUGUCUAGUACAAGUGCUAUUCGUAUUCCCUCGCGCGCAAAACCUGCUAAGCAAGCGUUAAUCUUCCUGCAUGGCCUUGGCGACUCAGGAUCUGGCUGGUCGUUCUUUGCUGAGUUCUUGCAAAGAGACCCAGCCUUCAAAAACACAAAUUUUGUGUUUCCCAAUGCGCCCACCAUGAGGAUCACUGCCAAUGGAGGCUAUCCAUCGCCAUCUUGGUUCGACAUACGUGAAUGGGACGAGUUGCAAUCCAAACCGGACGUGGAUGGGUUUGUCAAGUCUUUGGACUUAGUUCGUAAUCUUGUGGAUGAACAAAUUCACAAUGGAGUUCAACCAACGAACAUUAUAGUGGGCGGUUUUUCACAAGGUGCUGCCUUGGCCCUGGCAAGCUCCGUCACACUGCCUGUCAAGAUCGGAGGGUUUAUUGCUUUGUCCGGUUUUUCUGUCAUCAACGACAAAUUGACACAGAUAAGGAAUUCGGUCAAUAAGGACACUCCCGUUUUCCAUGGCCACGGCGAUGCGGAUCCUAUAAUCGCGCUGAGAAUGGGCCAGACGGCUCAGAAAUUUUUUAGCGACUCGUGCGAGCUUUCUAAAUACACCAUGAACGUCUAUCCUGGAAUGGCCCACAGCACCUGCCCUGAAGAAAUUGAUGAUGUUGUGAAGUUUCUUCGGAAUGCUUUAGAGCUAAAUCAAUAA